CAAGCUUUCGUUAAUCAAAGAAGGUGUUUUUUCUAUGGGGAUUCAUAUAAUCUAGCUAAAAUUUGCAAGAUGGAAGAUAUUGUUUGCUUCAAGUGUAAUAGUCUGGGUCAUAAGGCUCAUGACUGCCCCCACAUCCACCAGGGAGACGCUGAUUGUUAGGCUUCCUCCGGCGAUCAAAGAUCACAUUGAGGAUCUCUCUUCCUUUGCCAUUUUCUAUGUGCACAGGGGUUAGCCUUUUCUCUCGGAUCUUAAGGAGAUGCUUUCCUUCAAGUUUAAUAUCCGAGGGUGGACCCAUAGAGUUUCUAGGGCUUCAGGCAACAGCUUCCUUGCCCAAUUCCCAGAUGUGAAUAUGAUUGAGCAGGCAGAGGAUAUGAAGCUGGUUGAUAUUGAGGAUUUCAAAAGUCGGUUUCUUCGUUGGAGAGAGGACUUUGGUCUUAAGGUUCUUCCCAAGCCUGUUCUUACUUUGGUCAGGAUCUCUCAUCUGCCAUACUACCUCUGGGAUUGGGAAUUUCUUCUAAUUCUUUUUAAAGAUGUGGGUGAAUGCAUUACAUGUUCGGAUGAUGUUGCUUUUAGUACUCAUUUUUCGAGUUGCAAGGUUCUCAUCGAAGUGAGAGAUGUCUUUAUUAUUCCUAGAGAAAUUCGAUUUCGGUGUCACUCCCCUUUUGAUAACAGUCUACUUGAGGGAUAUGCUACAUUGGAGGUCAUAGGUAAACCAGUGAAGGGGAAGGAUUUUCAUGACAGGGUGGAAAUUCGUGAGCAUGAGUUGAAGUGGGAAGGAGAACGGUCCUCUUUUUCAGGAUGGGUUGAUAGGGUGCUGGAGGUAGAAGUUGUCCAGCCUCCUAUUGACCAUGGUAAGCGACAGUCGGUUGCCGAGGAGGAGGAUCGUAAUAAGGGCAAGUUUGUAAUUUCUAAAAUUUCAUAUUCUACAGGCACGGUAUCUAAGGCAUCUUCAAUGGAAUCUUCAGAUUCUCUGGGUAAUCCCAGGAACAAGAUUAUGUCUCUCCCUCCUAUUUCUUCGCAUCAAGCGGUUCAUUCUUCUCCUGACUUAUUAAGGUAUUUUGGAACGACAAUCCUAUUAUGGUGGAGCGUAAUCAGUGGGAAGGAUUUAUUCGUGCUCAAGGUGUGGGUAGGUCUUCCUUGCUACAUCAGCAUACUAAUCCAAUUGGGAAUCUUCCUUGUGGAUCAUCUUCUUACUCAAUUAGUGAGUCUGUUAAAGCUGGGUCUAACUCAGUUUUCUUCCCCUUGGUUUCGAACAAUUUGCUAAGUCCAGAAAGAAGAAGUUGAUUGGGUAAGCGAGGCUAGUUAGUAAGCCCUCAGUGCGAAGAAAUAUCAUAUGCAUUUGACAGCUUAUCGUUUUCGGGUUUUCUCGUCCAAAGGGUAUGAUCUGUUUCAUAUGAUGACCUCAAAGGGUCAAUUUCUUGGGGAUAAGAAUUAUCGUUUAUUAUGGACCAUCCUCUUCCUUAUUUUGUGCUGGUGUUUAUGGAGAGAAAAAAACAACAAGGUUUUUAAUGAUGAAUUACGCUCGUCCUCUAAGCUGGCUGCUAAUAUAGCCUUUUUCUUGUUAUUCUGGAU